GCCUGAUUUAAAGUCUCAUGGUUUCCUUCCUUUUUCAGGGGUCUUGGCCGAAGCAGUCGGUGGCACCCAGGCCUGAGCAUCAUUUCCUGCUCCUCGCACAGAGAGGGUGGAUGCGUCACCAGUUGUAGGGUUUCCCAGUCAACUCUCGUGAAUGGUGCAGUAUAAGGAACACAAAAUUAAUAGUUGGGCAAACACGGCCCCCCGGACAUACCAGAGGUGGGAUCAGGAGCCUAGGAGGAGUAAGCAUGCAGCUGCAUCCCGGUUACAAUAGCCAUGAGCCCUACGUCCAGCUCGAGAACUCUCCACUCAUAUGGAGACGUCACCAUUGCCGGUGAAGGGCUGCAAAAGAGAUAAAAUGUAUUUCGGAACUCAUUAUCCAGUACCCUGACGAAGCACGUGCGCAUAGACAGAGGUGCGCGGUUCCUAGAUGCACUGCGAUGGAUUACAAGAAUGAUGAUAACACAAUGAAGAUCUUUAAAGUAUGGAAUUUUAACAAAACUUCAGGGAAUCUCCUUGGAGCACAAAAAUUGGAAGAGCUGAAAAUGAAAGAUGGUUGUAAGGUAGAAGAUGAAGAUGCAUUCCAGCUUCUGAGUUCAGGCUCUGAACUCUUUGUUCUGAGUUCAGGCUCUGAACUCUUUGUUCUGACUUCUGGACAAUCACUUCUGGCUGGUUCUCCUUCAUUGUCCUUGAACAAUAUCCCAUUUUACUUGCCAAUGAAACCUGCCACAAGGAAAGUAAAAACAUCAAUGAAAAUAAGCAUUGGGUGGUUGCACUUUGACAUUGAGAGGAACAAGUACAUUCGAGUAAAACUGAAAACUGGUGGUGGAAGUAGAACAGUGGAUAUGCCUGUGGAAUCAUCAUACAAGGAGAUACUUGAAAAGGCCUUCAACAUAUUUUUUCCAGCAGGGAAAUCACCCAAAGGAAGGAUUGACAAAUUUUCUUGUGUCCUUGGAAAUUUCACCCAAGAUUUGAUAAAGGAAGAUGGCUUCAGUUUGCAACAAUAUACAGAAACAUCCUGCCUUUCAAACAAACCAAGAAUAUAUCUGAUGACAAAGAAAAAAACUGAAGAGGAGACGGGCGUAUUAUGCCACGUUGGCGUUGCUCUUGUUGAACUAUUAUCUGGGGACUCUUCUGAUGAUUCUGACCUCCCAGACCUGGUGUACACCACCCAAAGUUCUCCACAGUCAUUAGAGACAGACCAUAUGGACCAGACCAGUACCACAGAUAGCAGUGCUAUUUCCACAGGGACAGAUAACGGUGCUAUUUCCAAAGGGACAGAUAACGGUGCUAUUUCCACAGGGACAGAUAGCAGUGCUAUUUCCACAGGGACAGAUAACGGUGCCAUUUCCAUAGGGACAGAAAGCAAUGCUAUUCCCAUAGGAACAGGUAGUAGUACUAUUUCCACAGGGACAGAUAGCAGUACUAUUUCCACAGGGACAGAUAACAGUGCCAUUUCCAUAGGGACAGAAAGCAAUGCUAUUCCCAUAGGAACAGGUAGCAGUGCUCAUGCUGCAGGGACAGAUAGCAGCACCAAUGCCACAAACCAGAUCUUGGAGACAAACCCUAACUUGAAUAUUUCACCUGUAACUGUAAGGAUGCCAAGGAUUCCUACCUGUACAAUAUGUUCAGACAGAUUUUCAGAUUCAUUUUUGAAUUGUGGCCACAUUCUCUGUUUUGUAUGUGCCACAGAGCUAACAGAGCGUGGAUCCCUCUGUCACAUCUGCAGACAGAAAUUUACUACAGUGUCUCAGCUGUAUUAUUAAAAUAACAUACACUUCAGUUGCUUCCCUCCUAUAUUGCAUCAAACAAUGCACAUUUUUGGAAAGUGAAGAAUUAACAAGGAUAUAAACUGUUAACGUUUCUACUCUACUGGUUAGACAGUUCUUCUUGUGCCAAAUAGCGAGCUGUUAUUUGUACUGUGUUUCAGUCACCUGAGUGUAAAGCUCUUUCUGAUAUCAACUGUCUACUAAUAUUUUCGACAGGCUGUCUGUCUGUCGAUCUGUAUACCAAUUUUUCACAUUUAAACUUCUGUAUAGUCCUUGGGCCAAAACCAACAAAAUAUGCCUCAAAUCAUCUUUUAGUAGAGGGUUAUAAGAGUCUUCAAUUCAAAGUCCAAUUCCCUUGCAUAAGGAGAUAUUCAUUUUGUUAUCUGUUUUUCUCUUGGAGCCACUGAGCCAAAAAUCAUAAAUUUAUUUGAAGCAUAUAAUAUGUUAUAUAUUAAUUGCACCAGUAGUUAUCACAGAGACACAUUAAAUUUUUUUUAAAUGCUGCAUAAUAUAAAAUAAUUUUGAAACACUUUUUUUGGAACAGUAAAUUAACAAAAUAUCUAAGAUCAAAGGAUACCCUAAAUUGGGGGAAAGAAGUAUUUCGUGAUACUUUCUUAUAUCUUAUUGUUUUCGGAUUCAAAAUAAUUUUCUCAAUGGUAAAAUUGAAGUAAUUUAUAUUCAUUUUGGAGGGGAUUUUAAUUUUUUCAUGGUUUUGUAUUAAAUUAAUUUCAAUCCAGCUAGCAUAUAUUUGAGGAAAAUGCAAAAAUUAAGGCUGGUUUGAUAUGAAAACUUUGUUAUGAAAAUGUGUUUUAGCAAUCAUAGAACCUGUACACAUUGUUUCACAAUUUUUGAGUAUCAUCCUUAAUACUAAAGCAUCCUUGCAAUAUUGAGAAGUUUAUUCAGAUGGUGGCCCUAAUAGGGGAUUUAGUUUUUAGUCACAGUAGGGAGCAAUUUGUUUUAUGUAGGGUUAAUACAGGAUUUUUUAAAAAAGUUAAACACUUUAGAAACUGCAUGUACAACACAAACUGUGAAGUAUAUGUAAAAGGGUAAAAAUUUGGGCUAGUGGAUAAUUUCUUUAUUUUUUUUUUUACUCAUAGUUGGUGCUCAAAAAGCAUUGUGUAUAGUGUGAAAGAACAAUUUUUGUUCAAUUUUUUAGAGGCACAAAAAGAUUUCAGAUUUCAAUUUUUAAGAGAUUUAUGUAACAGUAUUACGUAUAUGUAUUAAAUCUAUUUUGCAGCAAACAAUGCAUGAUAUAACUUUUAAUGUUUACGACAACCAGACGUCAAAAUGUGGAAUAUUUGGCAGUGUUUACUGAACUGUUUUUUUUUUAUCUCAAGAAUUUUUUUUCAUUUCAGGGAUGUGAUAAACAAGAAAUUUGUUUGUACAUAUUAGAAUUUUGCAAGUCUGUUUUUUAUGUAAAUGUAUGAAGGUACAGCAUAUUAAAAGUGAUUUUUUUAAUUAAGAUAUACAUUUGUGUUGAAGUUUGCUAUUUUUCUAAAUAAUUUAAGAAUGAGCAUUUUACCAAAUUCUCUUACAUGCAUUUUUCAUUGUAAUUUUUUGUUUAAUAUAUAUACAUAUAUAGGUCUUGUGUUACAGGUAGUAUAAAAUUUGUUCAACAAUUAAUAUUAGCAACCAUUUCUAUCAUAUUGCUAAGUUUUAUGUCAUGUUUUAUUCUUCAGAAGUGAUAGUGAAAAAAUGCAGAAUUUUGGACCAAACUAGAAAGAAGACAAUGUCAUAAUUUCACAGAAGUUAGAUAUUCAUUUUCAUUAUAUAAGGGAAAAUCCUUAUUGUGCAGGGAUUUUUUUUUUUUUUUAGAACCUUUUUUUCAUUUACAAAGGCAUGUAUAAUUUGUUCAUGCAUGUUACUUUUAAAUGCUUGAAAUAAAAAUAGAAGCAAA